AUGCUGCGGAGGACUCUUCCGGCGCUCCGGUCGGUGAAGGACGGCCUUGCCGACGCCGCCCGGCAGGCCGUCAAGGCCGACGCGCACUUCCCGUCGCUGCGCGGCCACCCGGCCGCGCGCGUCAACGCCCGUGAGGCCGCCGAGGGGCAGGCCCGGCUCGCCGCGGCGGAGGAGGAGAGGCAACGCGGCGCCAAGCCGGAGGCGACCACGGUGAAGGAGUUCCAGGUGUACCGGUGGAACCCCGACGCGCCCGGCCGGCCGUUCCUCCAAUCCUACUUCGUCGACCUCGCCACCUGCGGCCCAAUGGUGCUGGACGUGCUGCAGAAGAUCAAGUCGGAGCACGACUCGACGCUGGCGUUCCGGCGGUCGUGCCGGGAGGGCAUCUGCGGGUCGUGCUCCAUGUGCAUCGACGGCGUGAACACGGUGGCGUGCCUGAAGCCCGUGGACACGGACACGUCGCGGGCGUCGAUGGUCACGCCGCUGCCGCACAUGUACGUGGUCAAGGACCUGGUGGUGGACCUCACCAACUUCUACCAGCAGUACAAGUCCAUCGAGCCGUGGCUCAAGACCAAGAAGCCGCCGCCGCGGCAAGGGCGGGAGCACGCGCAGUCGCCGGCGCAGAGGAAGAAGCUGGACGGGCUGUACGAGUGCAUCCUGUGCGCGUGCUGCAGCACGGCGUGCCCGUCCUACUGGUGGAACUCGGAGGCGUUCCUGGGCCCCGCCGCGCUGCUCCACGCCUACCGCUGGGUAUCCGACAGCCGCGACGACUACGGCGAGGAGAGGAUACAGUCGCUGUCGGAAGGGUGGGACAAGAUGUACAGGUGCAGGAUGAUCAAGAGCUGCACGGCGACGUGCCCCAAGAGCCUGGACCCCGCCGCCGCUAUCUCCGCCAUGAAGGCCCUGCACCAGCUCCGCAAGGCUUGACGAUCGAUAGACAGGGAGUGCUGGCCCUGCAUGACACGCCAAUGCAAGUGGCUAGCUUGCGAUGUGACGAGAGCGUGCUGCAUGUGCAUGUUGUGAUCUGGGAAUAAGAAUGCUCUGCGGAUCUCGGGCUGCUUGCCUGUACGAUCUAGCGAGUUUACUGUUUAUGUACUCAUAUUCUA